CUGGUGCACUGGCUCAAGCACGACCCCGGGCGGCGCCCGGCCGAGGAGAACCAUAUCCAUGAAAAGCUGGUGUCUCUUAGUUUGCCUCAGAAAGACUUUGUGCCUUUCUUCUUGAAUUUUUUAAGGGAGCAAACUGGUCAGAUCCUGACCAAUGGGCCUUCCACCCCUGCAAAAACACCGAAUUCCAAGGCCCUUGGAAACUCUGCUGGCCGUGGGAGCCAAAGGACAGGCUCAGAAAGGAGGUCAGGAAACACAACAGGGUCAAGCAGCAGCCGAAUGCAGCUCUUUACCCAAAAAGGCUCUGCUAAUUCCUGUUCCCCAGAUACCAGCUUUCCCCCUUCUGCUGUGUCAGGUGGCUCUGCUGCAUUUACUGGAUCAAACCUGUCAAGCCCCAGCAGUGAUUUCCCCAGUGUGGUCUCCACUGUGAGCCCAAGCUUUGGUUGCAGCCCUGUACUUAACCACAGUGAGAGGCGCUCAGCCCAGAAGGCCAACUUAGGGAGCUUUUUUGCGGCCAUGCCAGAAGUUCAGCCGACAAGGCGAGGCAGAAGAAAGGGCAACAGCUCCGCCAGUACCUCUAGCCGACAGGUGGCUCGGGAUCUUGGGCGAUGUCUUGCUGAUGAGGAGGAUGGGAAGAGUGAUAACACUUCAUGGAGUGGAGGGAGGAAGAAGCGCAGUGAAGUGUUGGGUGUCUCUGCCAGUUCCCCACCUGAUCAGCUGAACCUCAACAACUUGGAGGAGUUCCCACCCAUGUGUGCUUCUUCUGGCUUCACAAACAAAAGUAAGCCAUCAAGACGAAUUAACCCCACUCCAGUGAGUACUGAGCGCCCACUCUCCAAACCCAAGAUGUGCUUCACUUCUACACCAGUCAGCCAAUCUCCAGCUGCUCGGUUUCCAUCUGGAGCAAGUCAUGAAGCCUUUGUGACUAUUCAGGAAGGAAAUGUUGUUUCCGCUGCAGGGAGCAGCCUUCAAGAGGAGAGAGAGAUGCUGAAGAAAGAACGAUGCAAGUUGCUGCACCAGGCUUCUUCACCAGCAGGCUUGUCUCUGGAGCCCAGCACUCCUACCAAGCUUAGCUACACUCGAAGUGCAAGCCUCCCUCCUGAGGGCCAUCUGAUGACCUGUCCACAUCUCAGUAAGGUCUCCUGCAAAAGGCAACUAGAUCAGCUGGCCUUGCUUUAUUCAUCUUGUAUAGCAGAAAACCUGGUUCCAAAUAUUUUCCUGGAGCUCUUUUUUGUUUUGCAACUGCUAACUUCCAAGGGAAUAUCUGCAGACGAUGGAGAGAGUGAUUUGGAAUUUAAUCAAGGAUGUAAAGGUGCAGUAGAGCGGCAACAUUUUCGUAAUGUGCACAACUGUGUCUAUUUUGCUGUGCAAGUCUUAGAUCGUCAGUAUGAAAUUAUUUCCCACUUAGAGAAGGGGACCUUGAAACUCUUGGCUGAGAAUGAGCGGAUUGCAUCCUUUUCCCCUCGCCUGCAUGAGAGGCUGAGGCAGGCUUAUGAAAGCAGCACAGCCAAGGUUUCUCUCCUGCUGCCUUCAUCUGUACAAUCUGUUUCUUUCCAGCCAGAAACUGAUAAUCGCUCUAAUUUUCCCAGUGACAGGGCAUUUCAUAUUUUUAAGAAGCAAAGGGACAUCUUCUAUGAGUUGCUGCGUGAAUGGGAAGAUAACCAUGAAAAACCAGCUUGGGAUUUUGAAAGAGUCCUGGGCAACAAGAUCAGAGCUAUGAUGGCUCACCUUACAGCAACUUGUAACCACAGCCAUUUUGCCAGACUCUUUCAAAAACAGCUUAUCCAGAUGUGUAAAGGUCCCGUUGGUGGUGGCACAAGCUGGGGAGACACCCCAGACCAAGACGUCCUUAAUAUGUUGGGCUGUGAUGAUCUGAGUCGGCUGAAGAGGCUGCAGGAGAGAUUUGUCGCUCCUCAGAGCAUCAGAGGGCCUUGCCCACCCCCUUCCUUCCCAGGGUGCCAGCAGUUCUUCAGGGACUUCAUCCUCAGCGCAGGAAGCUAUCAGUUCAACCAACACCUCAUGGACAACCUGUGCCUAAAAAUACUUGAGCUGGAUGGCCUUACUUUGGUAGAGCAUGAGCCUAGCGAUGGUGAAGCAGACAUGGAGGAACAGGAUGAGAAAAAACGUUUCACCGUUGUCCUGAUGAGCCUCCGGCUCCUGGCAAAAUUUCUUGGAUUUCUUGUUUUCCUUCCAUAUCGCACAGUGGAGCCACCAACAAGAGACUUGCACGAGUCUGCAGUGGCAUUAAGAAAUCAAAGCCUACCUGUACUGGAUGUAUUGAAACUUCUGCAGCGAUCUAUCCAGGGCCAGCGUACUAUCCUCACUAUACCUUGGAUUGUGGAGUUCCUCUCCCUCGUAGAUCAUAUUGCUCCUUUUCUUGACUACUAUGGGACAGUAUUUUCCCUCUUGCUGCAAGUAUACAGGUCCAUGGUACCCUCUGAAGAUAAGGAGAUGAGUUUCCUAAACAAGCUGUUGAUCUUUGCAGUGUUGGGUUGGCUUUUUCAGAUCCCCUCUGUCCCAGAGGAGCUGUUCUUUACCAGUGAAGUCAAACAGGAUGGAUUGAUGAUGGAUGCUAUGUCAUCUGCUCAGGCCUUGGAUUCUGCAACUUUGGUGGAUCAGCAGUUACUUUAUACCUGCUGUCCAUAUCUUGGUGAGCUGCGGAAGCUGCUAGCCUCCUUUGUGGCAGGCAGCGGAGCAAAGAAUGGUGGCUUUAUAAGGAAAAUAACCCCAACAGCUGCAGAGUCCUUGGCACCCAAACCUUCUGUCACACAGCAGAAACUGCAGGCAGAGCUGGAGCAGGCCUUCUUCCACAAUCAGCCCCCAUCACUGCGGAGAACAGUGGAAUUUGUGGCAGAGAGGGUGGGAUCCAACUGUGUUAAGCAUAUCAAGGCCACUUUGGUAGCAGAGCUUGUCAAAAGGGCAGAGGUCAUGCUGCAGGAAAAAGUGAAGGAGGACAAUACUAAUCAUGACAAACUGCUGGAUGAGGUGUGCACUCAGCUUUAUGAAGAAGGGGCACAGGCUUUCCUCAAAGGCAGAGAAUUUUGCAGGAAGAAAGGUCCUGAAGCUGUGAGAGUUCUGCUGCCAGAAGAGACAUCUGCAGCUGUCCUGAGCAGUGCAGAGGAUAUUGCAGUGAGGCUGGCUACUGAAAAGGCAUGCACCUGGCUCUCCACCAACAUCACAGUACUGAUCAAAAGGGAAGUGAGGACCACAUUCAGUCGAAUGCUGAAAAUCCAGGGUCCUUCCUUACCUAGUGAGGAUACACAGGAGAUGAAAAAGGACUGCCCUCCAGGAUGCCAGCAUCAUGCUCCAUUUCCCUCUGAAAUAAUCAAUGAGAUCAAAGAUGUUCUCUGUGUUGCUGUGGGACCAAGGGAUGAAGAUGAAGCAAUUCAUUAUGCCCAUCUGGAGCGCUUGUUGGAGAAGCUGAGUCAAACACUUCAAUGCAGAAAGUUCAUGUGUCCUACCUCGGAACAGCAGCUGGCAAAGUGUACCAUAGAGUUGGCUUCCCUUCUAGUUUCAGACCACAUUCCAAUCCGAGGACUUGAGCUUCAGACCCAGAAGUACCCUGAAAGACAGCGAUCCAAGAAUCAUCCCCUCUGCAACCUUCUCACAUCGCUGCUCUCUGUCUGGAAGGAAGAUUUUGGGAUGCUUGUUCCAGUGCAGCUGAUCUUCAGCAAGAAGAACAUUGGCUAUGUUGCAGAAGCUAAGCAGCGAGAGUGGGACUUGUUCCUGUUCAUGCUUCAUGGUCUGGUUGAGUACAAUCUGAUGGGAAAUGCAGAGAUAGAGAGCUACUUGCGAAGUAUCCAGGAAUUUGCCUGGCCCUCAGACUUCUUAAAAGAGCUGGAAACUCUGUCCAGAGUGUUUGAAUCUGAGCUUCAUAUAGAAGAACCCAGGACUAAUCCUUGUGAAUUGGUGAGACAAUCUCUAGGCACUGUGACAGCGCAAAGCUAGUGCAGGUCAUCUUGCUACAAAUUAAGGAACUGGUGGACUCGAGCUGUGGAACUAUAUAGUAUUGUUAAAUGCAUUCAGUGAGUCUCUUGCUGGGAGUCCACUGCGUUGAAGGGUAGUUUGUGCAAAAACUGCACCAACCUUUGCCUUUCCAGGUGUGACAGGAAUGCACGUUCUUCAAACCGUUUUGAGGGAUUUACAUAUGCAGAUGAAAAUGUUUCCCAGAAAUUGGUCUCCGAGUUGUAAACUCUUAAGCACCUUAAUGAGAUUCAGAGCAGAUGAUCUUGACUCAAUGAAAACACCUUUCACUCUCGUACAGCAAGAGGCUCUGAGCAGAGCUGGCCAUCAGUUUGUAUGAACAAAACCCACUUCAUGGCUCAAGUGAUAGAUUCCUGUUGGCUUCCCAAGGUGCCGUUCUCUUAAUUUAAUGCUCCAAACAGCGUGAUUUCUCACUGACUCUGUUAGAAAAGACUGCUGCCUGGGAGCCCAGAUGAAAUUUCAUUUCAAGGAGAUGAGACUCUAUUUAUUUUUCCCCAGGUGCUCAAGCUUGAAGGUUCGUUUUUUCAAGUUUUUAAGAUUAUAUUUUAAAAGUGAAAUCACCUUAAAAAUGCACCAGAGCAUUGGAUUGGAAAGUACUUUUAAAGGACAUGUAUGUCUCACUUAAGAGAAGCAGAACUUCUAUUUCAUGGUUUUUAUAGAACUGAGGGGGAAAUUAUCUGCUUAUUUUUUUACUGGGGAGAGAUGACAGUAUUUUAUAAAGCAUUGUUUUUAUAGUAACAAAUUUUAAAUGCUGUUCAGCUGCUUUUCACUGUUUUCAUAACCCCGUUUGCCUUGAUUUUGGAGUUUACACACCGACACACACCUGCUCCAGUGUCAACUGGAGCAGCACUAGGCUGAAAGUGUCACAAAAAAUCCCAGCCCCUGCUGGGAUCACAGGAAACAGUUGUUUUCCUGGCAUAAUGGUGGGCACUGUCUGCCUUCAGAGAUCCACAUUGACAAGGAAAUUAUCAAUAAGGAGCGUGUCCGAUUUCCAUUCUCUUCCUAAAUAUAGUGUUCUAUGUGCUGAGAACUGUUUGGCCCUUUUUAAUCAAUAUAGAGAAGUCGCUUAUCAGAGAGGUUGCAUAGGAUUCCCCUUUCCAUAUAAUGAAGUGUUUUUUACUGUGCCUAACUUGUAGAUAGUGUCCCUUUUUGUCAAUAAACGUGGUUUAGUUACAAAGCAAAUACUUGUGUUAACAAAAAAUGCAGCUAGCCAAAGUGAAUCCCAGGGCCAUUUUGGAUUGAUUUCCCUUGCUUUUAUGGGAUUAAAAAAGGCAAUAUCAAGGAGUUAGUUUCUCCUUUUUAAAAAAAAAAAUUAGGUUAGACUGGCUGCAAUUAAAACCUAAUGCACACAGACAGACAAUCUAGAAAGGAUCAUGCCCAUCUUGUUUCAACUGCUCCAGGUAAUUUUGUGAUCUACUGAGGUUACUGAGUACUGGGUUGAAGGAGACUGCAGAUACCAGGUAUCUGUCUUGUUAUAAUGUGUGUGGAUUUGGGUUUUUUAAUGGUUUGCAUCAUGUAAAGGUUGUUGCCCAGUAAUACCGUAUUGUGUGUACAACAAGGCUGCAGCAAUAUGAACUGAAAUAACUAGUGCUCCAUGCUGCAACAUACUCGCUCCUUGGAGUUUAGUAUUAAAGGACCGUUUCACUGUUGAUAUCUUAAUGAGCCUGUCAGUUUGCCAUAAUAAACAAGUAUUGAAAUAAA